AUGUCCCAAUUCGUGUCUAGCUUCUUCAAAGAAACCACAAAACCCUUAACAUCAGGUCGACGUCCAUGGUCCGUUUUCCUAGACCUCACCUUACUGAACCUCCCCUCUUCAAUCCACGACACUACCACAAGGAUAACCCAAAACGUCCUUCAUUUCUUGGUUAAUUACUCCAUAAUCCUCUUGAUUAUCCUCUCCUUAUCCCUCUUAAACCAUCCCCUGGUGCUAAUCGCCUUGUUCAUUACUCUAAUUGCCUGGCUCUCUCUUUAUUUCUCUCGCGAGGAGCCGCUUUGGUUUUUGGGCUAUCAAGUGAGUGACUGGGUGGUGUUGGUUGUGCUCUUUGUGGUUGACUUUUUGGUUGUGAUUUGGGGUGGGGUUUUUCAGAAUGUUGUCGUUGGUGGUGGGAUCGCUGUCGUUUUGAUGCUUCUGCAUGCUGCGUUGAGGAGUACGGAUGAUCUUGUUGCUGAUGAUAUUGAAACCUCGCCGUAUGCCAACUUGCUCUCUGAUGAUGAUGGUGACUAUAAUGCUCCUCCAACUGGUGGCUUGUAG